AUGAAAUUUCGCGCCAUAUUUUCGAGUAAAUGUCUCCGUCAAGGAAUCUCAACGGUUUACCCUGCGAUGACUUUCCUACCACGACCCUCCUCCUCUACGAUGAUGAUCAAAUCUCAAUCAGAAGAAAACCUAAGCAAACUAAGCGACUGUAUGGAAAACAUGGACGACGAUGUCUCGAAGAUGUUCAUGGAGUGUCAUCAGACAGACUUCCGCCAUGACCCCGAGCUGCUUCGUCUUCUCAGCGAUUAUUUCACCACGAGCAAAUCAGUCACCGAGCUCUGCGAGUCUCUGCGUAAGUGCUUGGAGAGAGCCGAACGGGACGAGUGCUUCUUGAUCGACGAGACGUUGCGUGAUUUCCACGAGGAGAAGAACGGUUACGGCGGUUUAGAAGCUAGCUUCAGGAAAACAUUCCGAGAUCUGACUAAGUUCAGAGACGACGGUGAUCUUAUCUCCGGGGAGUUUCUCAGGAAGCUUGAGAUCUGUCACCGAGACUUAGGCACGAUGAUUGUUAAACUAGAGUCUACGAUGAAGGACAUCGACAAGAAGCUGAGACGUUUACGUGGAGGAAGAGCGGUUGUUGCGGCGGCGAUGAUCACUCUAGUGGCCGUGGGAAAAAUCGUGGCGGGUAUCUUUGUACCUGUACCGGUUGAAGCAGUGACUAACUUUGCUGCUUCGAGGUGGAGAGAGUCGUCGGAAACUCUGAAACGGGAAAAGACAGCAGUGACGUCGAUGGAGAGGGAAACGAUGGUGGCUCUCAAGGAGGUUGAGAAGAUGAGCAGACUUGUGAGUAUGUUGGAGGCGGUGGAGAGAUCCAUUAGACUAACGGUGGACAUCGCCGUGAAUAAACGGUCGUCUGUGGCAUUUGCUAUGGGAGGGAUGGAGGAGGAACUGGAGAAAUUGAAGUCAACGCUCGUUGACCUAGACAGAGAGACCGGAAGGUGCGAUGGGUUUGUGCAGUUUGGACGUACAUUGACUCGAGACAGGAUCUUUGAGUUUCUGUCUUGCGGUGAGAAACGGUCAUAACAACU